CCUCACCUCUCGCUGGGUGUCAGCAGCACCACGUCCGCGGCUCCACGCUCCGGAUGAUGAAACGUGAGAAGCAGCCUGACCCCGCUGACCUGCCCCCUCUCCCGGCCCCCAGCUCUCACUCAGCCCCGGUGACGGAGCCCUGUGUCCGGCAGCAUGGCCAAGGUAAACACCGGCUCCUGCGGAUGUCGGGCCGUGGUCAUGGCGGGGAAGUACCUGUCCGGCCCGAGUGUCCCGGUACCGACCCAGAGCUCCGGGCUGAGGCAGCGGAGGAUGUUGGGUCCACACGCCCGCAUGGCGAGCUCUGACGCGGCCGGGAAGCGAGGAAAGGCCGCGGCUCUGGCCCAGCAGGAGCACCCGGGGAACUCCUCCUCCGCCGCGGACCGACACAUGCCGGCGAACCGGAACCUCAUCUCCCGGGACGUGAAGGCUUUUCUCAGCGAGGUCGGCGGGGACCCCCGGGAGGCCCGGUACUGGCUGACCCAGUUCCAGAGGGCCGCGGCCGCACAGUCCCCGGCCUUCGCUGUCCUGGAGGUGGACGGCUCGGUGUCUGACAGCAGGGAGAGGGUGCAGAGCCUGGCCUUCGGGCUCUCCUUCCUGCAGCGGAUGGACAUGAAGCCCGUGGUCGUGAUGGGCUGGUCUGACUCUGAGGAGGCGGGGCCUGCUGAAGGGGACGCCGGGCCGUGGUGCAGCCGAGGGCUGGUGGAGCGGAGCCAGCAGCUGACGGAGGCUCUGCAGCAGCACUCGGCCACCGUCCUGCCGUUCUUCUCCGCCGAGUCGUUCCUCCUGCAGCAUGAAGCCCCACGAGGAAGCAGCGCUCCACACUACGUCGCUGUGGACACCGGCCUCCUCCAGUGGACUCUGGACUGCGGGACAAUCCCGUUGGUUUGUCCCGUGGGGAGGGAUGGCCGAGGUUGCUCAGUGAUGUUGGACCCGACAGAAGUGACGGCGGCCAUUUCUCGAGCCCUGCAGCCGCACAAAGUCAUGUUCCUGAACAACUCCGGAGGCCUCCGCAGCCAAGAGUGCAAGGUGCUGGGAACCGUGUCGUUGCCAAGCGACCUGCCCAGUCUGUCCACGGGCGCGGGUCUGAGCGCCGCGGAGUGCCACCGAGUGACCACCAUAGCCCGACUGCUCAACCAACUACCGACCGAGUCCUCGGCUGUGAUCACCUCCGCGAACACGAUGCUGACGGAGCUGUUCAGCCACCGAGGGUCGGGGACGCUCUUUAAAAACGGAGACCCCAUACACCGGUACAGCUCUCUGGAUGGGAUCGAUGUGGAGCGUCUGCUGACUCUCAUCAACAAGUCUUUUGAUAAAACUCUGAGGCGAGACUACAUCGACUCGCUGGAGGGACGACUUCACUCCGUCUACCUGUCUGAAGGCUACAGCGCCGCAGCCAUCAUCACCAUGGAGCCGGUGAACAGCGGCACGCCCUACCUGGACAAGUUUGUGGUGAGCAGCAGCAAACAGGGCCAGGGCACCAGCCACGUCCUGUGGGAGUGUAUCAGACAGGACCUGGGCAAACUGUUCUGGAGGUCGAGAGCCACCAACAGGAUCAACCCGUGGUACUUCAAACACUGUGACGGCAGCUUUGUUAACGGGCUGUGGACCGUCUUCUGGUUUGGCCUGACGGACAUCAGAGAUUCCUAUGAGCUGGUGGAAUACGUCAAGAACCUUCCUGACUCGUUCCACGACUCCUCCUCUCUCACCGCCUCCGAGCAGCUCCCUCCGCCGGCUGCAGGAUCCUGAUCCUCCUCCUCCGAGCUGCUGGGUGUUAGCACUGGGGUUGUUUUAGCGCUGACGUUUUCAUUCUUUCAGCCUGAGAGUUUUUAUUUUUUGUUGGUUUCCACCACGGCUCCAAAGCUUCUGCAAUAUUAUGACAAACUAAAACAUUUUUUUUUUAAGCUAGGUUUAGUUCUCAGUGACGAUAGAGCCGAUACUUGAAGUAGUUUCACAGUUACAUACUUUUGUUCCGUUGGCUCGGGGCGUCAGUUCUUUUAGUCUGAUGUGUUCUGUGGCUCUAGGGGGCGCUCUCUCUAUUAGCCUGGAAACCUGAAACCUGCAUCUAUUCCCUCCCGUCCUGAAAGUGGUCAGACUAAAACAAUACAUACAAAACUAGCACAAAACAAUGAUCUCACCAGGGGGCUGGGCCGAUGCAGUGACAGACUGAGGGGCGUCCGAUAGGAGCACGGCUGAAGCUUUGUUUGUAACUGUAUGUUUUCUAGAAAAGAAGAACAAGCAGCUGGAGUCUGUUUACUUUUUUCUUCCA